CCAUUAAAACCAAUACAAUUCCCAUUAAAACCAUUACAAAUUCUAUGAGGUUUCUAUUGUUUGUAUGUAUGUCUUUUUUUCUCUUUUGAAAUUAUUAUUAUUAUUAUUAUUAUUAUUUUUUUUUUUUUUUAACAAGUCCCUCAGGUGCUUGUCCUCUUCGAAGUGGUUUUUUUUUUUAUUAUUAUUAUUCACAGAAUUCAUUGGUGUAAAUCGUGUAUCCCAAGAGCACUUGUGGAGAACAGCGAUUGGCUGAUGACUUGAACGGCAGCACUCCCAGCCAAUCAUCAUCGUUCUCAGAUGGAACAUUCGCCAAUCCAUACUGUAGCCAGCCUCAACCGGAAGUAAGAGAUAAAAGAUGGCGGCCCCUAUGAACGAGUUUAGUAAACACCGAGCAAAUUGUUUAGGUUUUAUCAGUUUAUCGCGGCAUUUUCUGAACAACAUCAAAGUGUAUGUUCUUCUAGCUUUCCUCCUCGCACAGACAGACCGCUGUUCCGGAAAUGACGAUUUUCAGAGAGAGGAAUUCCUUAAGAGGGAGUAUUCGCUGACCAAGCCGUAUCAAGGUCUGGGCUCGGCAAGUUCGUCACACUGGGAUUUACUGGGCAACACCAUGAUCACGCCCGAGUACGUCCGGCUGACUCCAGACCUGCAGAGCAGACAGGGUGCCGUGUGGAGCCGCAUCCCAUUUUACAUCCGAGACUGGGAGCUCCAGGUGCACUUUAAGAUCCACGGGCAGGGCAAGAAGAACCUGAACGGUGAUGGACUGGCGCUGUGGCUGACCAGAGAACGCAUGCAAAUAGGCCCCGUGUUUGGGAACAUGAAUCAUUUCACCGGCCUGGGGAUUUUUAUCGACACGUAUCCCAACCAUGAAAAUCAGCACGAGAGGUUAUUUCCGUUUAUUUCGGCGAUGGUGGGAAACGGGACCGUGGCGUACGACCACGAUCAGGACGGAAGGAACGCGGAUCUGGGUGGCUGCCAGGCCGCCGUGCGUAACGUCGACUACGACACGUUCGUCCUGGUCAGAUACAUGAAGAACACGCUGACGGUGAUGAUGGACAUAGAAGGGAAGCAGGAGUGGAAGGAGUGCGUGGAGAUCCCAGGGGUCCACCUUCCUCAAGGAUAUUACUUCGGCGCCUCAUCGCUUACUGGAGAUCUGUCAGAUAACCACGACCUGAUCUCCCUCAGGCUGUUUGAGCUGACAGUGGAGAGAACUCCUGAGGAGCUGGAGAACGAGCAGGAGGUGACGAUACCCAGCGUGGACUACCGAGAGAUUCCCGUGGAGGUGGUUGAUGAAGGCAUGAGCGUGCUCACUCGCCUCUUCCUGUUCGUGUUCUCUGUGGUCGGCCUCGUAGUGUUCAUCGUAGCGUUUCUGUUCAUCUACGCGCGCUGGAAGGAGCGCAGUCGCAAGCGCUUCUACUGAGAGAAACGGAGAGCGUUUUUGCGUUCCGGAGUUUCCUCUCACUGCUGCAUCUAACUGACGUUACCUCUGACACCGAAGAGCCAUACGAGGGAGAAAACGGCCUCGUCCUGAUUCUUUCGUACAUCUGCUAAAGUUUAUAGGAUGUUCGAAUGUUGCUGUGGAAAGAACAAAGUGCACGAGUGUAUGUGAGCGAGUGCGUAAGUGAGUGCGAGUGUGUGACACCAGAUUUGUUCCUGUAACGCAGGAUUUCAGACCUAGAUAGAGAGAGUGCGUGUGCGAGAGUGCGUGCGCGAGAGUGCGUGCGCGAGAGUGCGUGCGCGAGAGUGCGUGCGCGAGAGUGCGUGCGCGAGAGUGAGUGUGCAUGCGAGCGAGUGUGUGUGAGAGCGAGUGCAUUCGAAGUCUGUUCCUGAACCGGACCUACAUAUUAGAGACCUAGAUACGCAGCUGUACGUUCGUGCACUCAUCAGAUCUUUUUUUUUUUUUCCCCUUUUGUUUUUGGUUUUCUACAUUAGAUACAAUGACAUUUCUGAUGAAAGAUGGAAAAAUAAAUUACAAUAAUGAAUUCUA